UGGCGGCCGAUCCGUCAUGGCCUACCGUUAAAUGUCAAUUGGUAGAGAAAAUUUUAAAAUAGUGGUAGUUUGAAAGUGUUUAAUCUAUAAAAAUGGCAGCAGAAGAGCCUGCUACUAUCGACGAUGGUAUCGCCGAGCCUGGUAUUGAACCAGGUGCCUCUGCAGAAACGAUGCUUGUUACGACUGAUAGUUUCGAAGAGUACGAGCAAGAAAUGAGUAGUAGCAUCGACGAUAGGCACAUGAAAGAAAGCACAACGAGCACUAUCUCAGAGAUUCAGGAAGACGUGCAAGACAUUCCUACGACACCUAUUACAACCAGUCCACGUAACCUCGAGAAAACAGCUUCUAUCGAUGAUUCUGAAUUAGAGGAUGUCGCGCAUCGAUUGGGACAAAGUAAUUUAGAUUCGGAUCCCUUGCGGUGUAAGACAUGGCUGGCGCAAAGAAAACAUAUAUUUAUAUUGAGCCAGGCAGGAAAACCCAUAUAUUCUAGGUAUAGUUCAGAAGACAAACUAGUCACAGUUAUGGGUGUUAUGCAGGCCCUAGUUUCAUUUGUCCAAGCUGGCAGUGAUAUGAUUAGAUCUGUACACGCGGGGGAUACCAAUUUCGUAUUUGUUGUCAAAAGUCCACUGAUUUUAGUAGCAGUUUCAAAAACACUUGAAAGUGUACCUCAACUUACAUUACAAUUAACAUAUGUAUAUAAUCAAAUAGUUUCUGUGUUAACGCAAUCACAGUUAACUAGAGUAUAUGAUCAACGUAGAAAUUUUGACUUACGAAGAUUAUUAACUGGCAGUGAAAGACUGAUAGAUCACCUAUUAAAUUUUAUGGAUAGAGAACCGGCAUUCUUUUUAGGAGCCAUCAAAUGUUUGCCUUUACUUCCUUCGAUGAGAAGUUCUAUUACACAAACUAUCAUUCAGACGUGCUGUAAAAUUAAGAAUUUAGUGUUUGCAAUUCUUCUAGCUGAUAAUCAGUUGGUAACAUUAGUCAGAAUGAACAAAUUUUUUUUACACCCUGCAGAUUUGCACAUAAUUCAAAAUUUGGUCGAUAGUUCAGAGUCGCUUAAAACGGCCGAGAGUUGGACGCCAAUAUGUCUGCCAAAAUUUGAUGCUAAUGGUUAUAUGCACGGGCAUGUAUCAUAUUUGUCAGAGGAUUGUCAGGCGUGCUUGCUUCUGCUAACGGUCGACAGAAAUGUAUUUUAUACACUUUCCGAGGCAAAACAAAAAAUUGUAGAAAAAUUGAGGCGAACAAAUUGUUUGGAAGCAAUUAAUGAAUCUAUGAAUAAAUCGCCGAUCACAACCGCUGAUAUUGGGUUACCGGAAAUGCGACAUGUUCUGUACAAAUGUAGAAGUACAGCACAGUUUUGGAGUCCUGGACUUCAACCUCCAUAUACAACGGAUGAAGAAAUAGAACGACUGCUCGGACUUUAUCAGUGUUUGCACCAUAGGCUACACGCACCGAAUCGACCACUAAAACUUAUCUUUCAGCAAUUAGACAAGGAGACCAUGUUAGUGUGGGUAACAGUAGGUUUUGAAUUAUAUAUUACAUUCGAACCACUUGUAACAAAGCCCGAUGCCAUUGAGGCAGUGAGUAAAUUGUUGAAAUGGAUUAAAAAAGAGGAAGAGAGAUUAUUUAUUUUAAAUUCACCAACAUUUUAAAAACGGAUAUAAUUAGUAAUAUUUUAAAAAAUU